AUGGCACCGCCCGUCGAGAUAUCCAUCCCAACAACAUCCGUCAACUCUCCGCCCGACUCCAAGCCAUUCACCCAGUACAACAUCACCCUACGCCUCCCUCUGCGCUCCUUCGUCGUACAAAAACGUUACUCCGAGUUUGCAGCACUACACGACGAGCUGACCAAGGUCGCCGGAGCCGCCCCACCGCAACCGCUGCCGGCGAAGCACUGGAUCAAGUCGACCCUUACCUCGCCCGAGCUCACCGAAGACCGCCGCCGCGGGCUGGAAACCUAUCUCCGCGCCAUCGCGGAGUCGCCCGACCGGCGAUGGCGCGACACACAGGCGUGGCGGCACUUCCUCAACCUGCCGUCCACGAGCGGCGGUAGUGCCGCCAGCUCCAGCGGCAUCGGCGUCGAGGGGAGGGUGCCGGCCAUAAACCUGCACGGUGCCAAUGCCGCCGCGGCGAACGACCUUACGACAUGGACGGACCUGCACCGCGAGAUGAAGGGCCACCUGCACGAGGCGAGGCUGCAGCUCGCCCGCAGGGACGCCGCGUCCGACUCGGGCGGCCCUGGCCACGGGUCGAACCAAAGCUCGACAGCGGCAGUGGAGGCCGGCGCGUCGGCCAAGAGGGCCCUGGUGCGGGCAGGUAGCCUGCUGACGGCGCUGGAGGGCGGGCUGAGGAGCAUGGGCGAGGAGAAGAGGCUGGGCGAGGGCGAGCUGCGGCGCAGGAGGGACCUGCUGGCUGCGGCGCGGGCCGAGAGGGACGGGCUGGAGAAGCUGAGCUCGAGCCUCGCCUCGGCGCGGGGCGCGAGGGAGGGCGCGCCGAGCACCGGCGACAAGGCCACGCUGCUGUCCGGCGCCGGGGAGUCGUCGUCGAGGGCGAGGGCGGGCGGCCGGGUGCUGGGGGCGCCGCUGCCGGAGACGGAGAGGACGCGGGAGCUGGACAACUCGGGCGUGCUGCAGCUCCAGCGGCAGCAGAUGCAGGAGCAGGACCUGGACGUCGAGGAGCUGGCCAAGAUCAUCCGGCGCCAGAAGGAGAUGGGCCUCGCGAUCAAGGGCGAGGUCGAGGUGCAGAACGAGAUGCUGGACCAGAUGGACCGGGAUGCGGACCGACUCGAGGCCAAGAUGAAGGUGGCCAACAGCAAGGCGCGGAAGCUGGGCAAGUAA